AUGCUUCAAUCCCUUUCUCUUCUCGCUCUGCUCUCCGCUUCGUGCGCUAUCUGGCUGGACCUCUACGAGCACGACAAUACCAAUGGAAACAAGGUACGACUGACUGAACCUGUAGAUUGGCUUGGAAAUGUCCACUUUAAUGACGCAGCAUCCAGUGCACGAGCUGACGGGAACUGGGAACUGUACUCUAACUGGAACUUUGAAGGGCUGAGGAUGGUAGUGGAAGGUGGUCGUCACUACAACAACUUGGGGGGAACCUUCAACGACGCAGUCUCCUCAGCUCGACCUACCUGUAUUUACACAGGGGAUGCUAAUGAUGCCCUGCUAGAAGUUUGGGAGGAUGGUGACCACCGUGGCAACAAGAAGUCCUACACGAAGGAUGAAUCGUACUUGAACGACUGGAACGACAAGAUUAGCUCGGCGUGCGCUGUUAAGGGGGACUGGGAGUUAUACGAACACUACCUCUUUACAGGAGUUAGAUGGGUGAUAAAAGAGAACGAAUGCCAUAACAUAGUGGCACACAAUGAUUACUACACCUCCCUGCGACCUCUCUGUGCCAGCUACCACCCAAAGUGUACUGUACAGAAAGUCAGGGUGGGGUCCCAGGGUUUGUUGACGCCCAGAUACGAAUCAACAGAAGGUUAUCGGCGCUAA